CCACGAGCUGAGUUUCAAGCGAGAACCCAAAUGUAUACGAUAUUAUAAAGUAGUCAGUAUUAUAUCGGUUCGUAAUCAGACAACACCAAUUUCUCUCGUUUCUCUCGUUUAUUGUCUUAUCAUAGUCCAAUGUGCGUUAUUAGUUAAAUUUUCCAUUUCUAUUUCUACUUCUAAUCGGAAUCGCUUAGUUAUUCGUACGUUUAAAUAUGAAUCUUAAACUGAAAGUAAAUGUGCUUAAACCAUUGAUACGACAAAUACCUCGAAAGAUCUGCGUCGAAAGGCAACUGAGUACGUGUGCAUCGCGGCUGGGUCACUCUCCUGGACCUUUAUCCCAAUUUACUGACGAUGAACUACUGAUGAAAGAAAGCGUUAGUAAAUUAGCAAAAGAGGAAAUCCUUCCACUUGUGCGAAAAAUGGAAAAGGAAGGGAAAAUAGACGAGGGCUUGCUACGAAAGCUUUUCGAAAAUGGUUUAAUGGGUAUCGAAAUACCAGAAGAGUACGGUGGUUCGGGAUGCAAUUUCAUGACAACGAUUUUGACGGUCGAAGAAGUGGCAAAGGUUGACGGGGCAGUCUCAGCUUUGGUAGAUAUUCAUAAUACUUUGGUCAACUCGUUGAUAAAAAAAGUUGCAUCGGAAGAACAAAAAGCAAAAUAUUUACCAAGAUUAGCUCAAGAUUACGCGGGUAGCUUUUGUCUUACGGAACCCGGUUCCGGAUCGGAUGCUUUCUCUUUGAAAACUCAAGCAAAAAAGGAAGGAUCAAACUAUGUGAUAAACGGCACCAAAAUGUGGAUUUCAAAUUCUGACAUCGCGGGAUUAUUUGUAGUUUUUGCAAAUGCAAAUCCCUCUGCUGGGUAUCGAGGUAUCACGACAUUUUUCGUAGAACGAGAUACGCCAGGAUUAACAAUCGCCAAACCUGAGGAUAAAUUAGGAAUAAAAGCGUCGGGGACAUGCAUGGUCCACUUUGACAAUGUUAAAAUUCCUGAAACUAAUAUCUUGGGACAGUUUGGUCAUGGAUACAAAUAUGCCGCUGGAUUUUUAAACGAAGGUCGAAUCGGUAUUGGAGCGCAAAUGAUUGGUAUAGCACAGGGUUGUUUGGAUGCUACCAUACCUUACACGUUGGAAAGAAAGCAAUUUGGAAAGGAUAUAUUUUCGUUUCAAUCGAUGCAACACCAAAUUGCCCAAGUGGUCACCGAGCUCGAAUCUGCUAGAUUAUUAGUUUACAACGCAGCCAGAUUAGUCGAUGCUAAAAGGGAUAUGGUCAAGGAAGCUGCUAUGGCUAAACUUGUAGCUUCAGAAACUGCAUUACGCGUCACCGCGAAAUGCAUCGAUUUUAUGGGCGGAGUAGGAUUUACGACCGAUUUUCCUCAAGAAAAGUAUUUCAGAGAUUCUAAAAUCGGUACGAUUUACGAAGGAACUAGUAACAUACAGCUAUCGACUAUAGCCAAGUGCAUCCGCAAGGAAUAUUCAUAAAUACAUCGUUAUCAGGAAGAAAAAUUUAUUUGUACUUUUAACAUUUUAAA